UUUCUCUACCAAUUAGGCUUACAAUUACAUAUGCUUGAUUAUCAUCUAGAAAUUUACAGCAGAAAUUUCGGAACAGGCGGUUUCAGAUUUCGAAGAGCCUCGUUCUGAAAUCUUUCAGUACAGAAUUUUAUAUUUUACUACCCAAAAUGGGUUAUGGCUAUCUAAUCGGAUAGUAUGUAAUUUGCUCUAUGUCCAGAAUCAAAACAACCUCUUGUUCAGCUUACUUUCAAUCCCGGACUUUCAAUAGCAAUAUUUUAAUACACAAGUAUGUGUGUAGGGUGAAAAGCUUAAUAACUUACGAGAGCCUCUGUCAUGUUGCUGGGUCUGGUUUGGAGGGAACGACUGUCUAUCUAAAUUGCGCCCAUGGGUUGAUAUUCUCAUAUGAGGUGUCGAGCUCUGCAUCCGAGAACUGGGACGGGAACAGUCCUCUAAUUCAGCUAGCAAUGACUGAGCAGGGGGGGGGGUUGUUUUGCAACUUGGUGAUUUGCGGAGUAGAUGUGAACACUGGAAUACCUCCCAUUUCUUCACUCUCAGACCCUGAACUUCUACAUGAUGCCAUCGAUUGAUUAUUGGAGAAGUUCACAAUACUGUCCAAGACCUCUGGAUCAUUUAUGUUAUACCUUGUUAAAG